AUGGCAGAACUAACAACCCCAUUCAAUCUCAACCUCAACCUCACUGAACUGGAGAGAAUUACCAUCGACACAGAAGCAAUAGCCACCGACACAGAUCUCAGCAACAUCUUCUACUUCGCCGAAAUCCCGCAAAUUCCUCAAGCAAGAGAAAGUAACCUCCAAUCUCUCAUCUCCACCAUCGAAGACUGUAAAGCAUGGGAAACCACAAGAUGCGAACAAUCCGUGCAAAGCCAGAUCGCGAAAGGCAAUCUUCCAGGCGAUUCGUCUGUCGCUGCGUGUCGCAAGCGAACUGCGUAUCGGUCUAAAGUCUUGAACGUUUUACGCGCUACUUCACCUUGGAUCGUCAAUAUUGAUACCGGCGUCACUGCGAAAUUCAAGGUGCCUGCUACUAAACCUCUAAAUCUGGCUGUCGUAAAUACUCUGAUCAAUAUCGAGCCUUUGACAGCCAAUCUGCCCUACCGAAACUUUCUGAAAGCUGUAGCUGCGGCUUUUAACCCCAAGGUUGAGAUGGUACAGCCGUAUUACCAUACGGUAAUUGGAUAUCAGUAUGAUAACGUGAUUGAAGAGUUUCAGGCCGUACUGUUGACGGUGACUUUUGAGAUUGAAAUUGGAUUAACGGGCGGGACUAUUGAGUUUACUUCGACUCCUGCUACCUUCUCCGUGGAUUUGUGGGACGGAUCGAAGCCUGAUCCGGCAACUACUGAAACUGGACGGGUGCUGAAUUUGCAGAAAAGCUUGACUGUUCUUGCGCCGCCGGCGAAUGAGUGA